AAAGGAAGGAAGGAGGGCCCUCCCGAGCCAUUCUGGUGUUUCUGAUACAGCACUGUCGUUCAACUGCAACAAUAACGUCUUCAGGUGACCCAGAUUCAACAAGCCACCGGGGAUUGGCAUGGCAGCACGCUAUGUCCGUCGUGUUUCGUGUCUGGUCCAUCAGAUGAAUGAGUCGCCAAGUGCGAGUGAGGAGUCGCUGUCGCUCAUGGGCAUGAUGUGGCGAGCGGUGCGGAGCAUAGCCAUCGCGUUUGCGCAGGAGCUGGCGGUCGAGAGCAUCUGCCAGGCCGUCUGCCGAUGCAUGCCCUCGCUGCCCAGAAGCCACAAGGGACAAAUCAAACGGAUGCUCCACGCGGUGAGUGGGUGACACAGCGACACACACACAACAUAAGAAGGAAGAGUGUGCCACCACUCCCCCACCGCUUCUUGUGUGUGUGUGUGUGUGUGUUUGAUGCAGGUGUUGAAUUCCAUCGGUCGCGGCCACCGUCGUCAGGCGUGGCGUUCGCUCCGCAGCAUCGCACUGCUCGUCCAGCCGCACGUUGAGACCGUCGAGAACGCCGAGAUUCUCGCCAUACUUAUACAGCUCCUGCCGUCCGACUUCGUCGAGCCCCCCAUGCCAGACGACGCCGCAGCCAGUAGUGCGCCGUCGAGCAGCAGCAGCAGCGGUGUCCACUGCUCGCCCUCAGCUUCAUCUUCAUCAGCAGCGUGGAUCGAGAACCCUUCUGCCAGCUACGGGUACAAUCCCGACCACUCAGCGAGGCGGGACGACGUCCACCAUGACGCCACACACGCCCAUGCGUCGCCAUCAGCCACAUCUGCCCUCGACCAGCGGCUGACGAACCGGUACGGCAUCACGGCGUCUUCGGUGAGAGCCCUUCCAGCGAGGCGGAAGCGGGCCCUGCUGAGUGCGUUGGACAGCCAGCUGGGCGAGAACCUGCCGGCGGUGGAGCCCAUCAGCUGCCCCAUCACGCUCGACGAGCUGUUCGACCCCGCCACCAAACACGUCAAGAACGAUGUGGUGGUGAUAUUUGAGGACGACCAGGCCAGGGGCGGCACGCACUGCUACUUUUUCAAGGGCGAGGCGCUGCUCGAGUGGUUCAACGAGGGCACGGCAAACACCGCCAUCAACCCACUCACACGCAGCGAGAUACUCGCGUCCAACUUCUGCAGACUCUCCGGCACACCACGGAAUUGAAAGACAUAUCACGGAGAGGGAGGGAGGGAGGGAGGGGGGGCCGGCUGUUGCUGCUGGUGGGUUGGGGGGCGGGGGGUGAUGUGUACACAGAGGGCAUUUUUCGUGCUUCCGAGAUGGAGCGCUAGACUUCCUUAUGUGGGGCGUGCGUGGUGAUGUGCUAAUUCGUCUUGAUGUGGGCAGGGCUGCUCGGAGGGCGCUGUUUCUCCUCGUGCAGCAUAUCACGUUUGGGAUGUGUCGGCUGAGACGCAUUCAAACGAGAUGUGCUGAUUGGAGGGGCAACAGCGUCUUUCAGACGCCCUGCAGACCAUGAGCCUUGGCGAGCAUCUCAGUGACCUGACUGACGAGCCCGUGUCAAUGGAUAGUCGGACUUCGUCUGUUUUGCUGAAUCGAGUGCGUGUGUGUUGCA